CCGUGUGUCAGCAGUUUAUUGACGUGCAGUGUUUGACCCCCACACGAUUGGUCUGUGUACUUUGUUAGCAGUUGCACAUCAUCUAUUUUGUUCCUGCGGUUGUUCUCUGCUUGCACACACUCUUCUUCGAGAACACAGAUACACAGAGACGUUCUAUUUUCCCCACACGACGAAACUCAGUCAAGGUGGUCAGGCAAGAUGCAUAACAGCAGCAUAGGGCGAAGUCCCAGAAACAUAUACCUCGACGAAGGUUCACCCGCUGCCUUUUCAACACCAACCCCAGACUCCCCCAGCGUGGAGAGCUUUUACCGCGGAAACGAUACAAGCAUAGGGGAGUUGGCGUUGACGUCGUCCUCGGCAGUGGCCAGGACAUUGAGCUACAUAAGCAGGUCGGUAGCGGUGCUCAGGAAGUUCGUGAAGUACAUCGGGCCCGGGUUGAUGGUCAGCGUCGCAUACAUGGACCCGGGGAACUUCAGCAGUAGCAUUGCGUCGGCACAAUUCCAGUACAAGUUGUUGUUUUCGUUGGUGGUGUCAAACAUAAUGGCCGGGUUUCUGCAGGUUCUAGCAAGCAAGCUCGGAAUAUGCACAGGCCAGGAUUUGGCGUCGAACUGCAGGAAACAUCUCCCGCCAAGAGUCAAUUACACGAUUUACGUGUUCGCAGAAAUAUCGGUCAUUGCAACAGAUGUUGCCGAAAUCAUAGGAACAGCCAUAGCAUUUAACAUCAUCUUCAAUAUACCGCUUUUCGUAGGCGUGUUGUUGUCGAUUCUCGAUAUGUUGUUUGUCGUCAUGGCGUACAGGCCUGACGGUCCAAUGAUCUUGCUACGACUCUUUGAGGGCUUUGUCAGCUUGUUAGUGUUCGGCACCGUCAUUUGCUUUGCUAUAGAGUUGGGGAAGGUAUCGCCAACCACAAACUGGGGCGAUGUCGCCUUGGGUUUCCUACCGUCCAAGGUCAUGUUUUCAGAUACCAAGGGCUUGUACUUAUCUGCAGCCUUAUUGGGAAGUAAUUUGAUGCCCCAUUCGCUCUACCUAGGCUCCGGAGUUGUCCAGGCAAGGAUGAAAGCUUUCGACAUCCAAUUGGGUCACUAUGUUCCCCCAGCAAAGAAGAGAACAGGAGGAAUCUUCACUCUCGCUGCUGUUACCAAUGCAGAUGAUGAGACUGAGGACCAGCCAGAGUCGGCAGCAGAAACAUACAAGCCUUCCAUCCACGCAAUCAAUGAAACCAUGAGCUAUACCGUCGCAGAACUAGUGGUUUCCUUGAUUACCGUCGCACUGUUUGUGAACGCUGCGAUAUUGAUAGUGGCUGGAUCCGCCUUGUCCACCCCAACCGAUGAUGAUGGCGACGGUGCGUUGGAAGAUGCCGACUUGUUCACCUUACAUCAUUUAUUGACCAGCCAUUUAUCAAAGGCAGCAGGCUCUGUUUUUGCUUUUGCAUUACUAUGUUCUGGCUUAUGUGGAGGUACCGUGGUCACCAUUGCGGGACAGAUGAUCAUGGAGGGUCACGCUAAGGUCAGUAUGCCACCCGGCAUAAAAAGAAUAAUCACCCGUGGUCUUGCACUCAUACCAUGCAUCAUUGUGGUCCUCACCGGUGGUAGAGAAGGGCUGAGUACCGUUUUGAACGCCUCCCAGGUCGUCUUGUCCUUCAUGCUUCCGUUUAUUAGCGCCCCACUAAUUUAUUUCACUUCAAACCGAGAAAUCAUGAAGGUAGAAUUAUACGCCAAUUCAAAUCAUCCAGGUGCACCAUACUCUCGCAAUGCAGACUACAUCGAACUAGACACAGUUUCUGAUGCGAAGAUAGAUACAAAGUCAAUAAAUAGAACUACAUCUCCCGGCAAUGAGCAGCUCAUUGCAGGAGACGAAUCACGAGAAAUGGAAGUCGGGUCUUUUGAGAUCGAAGAAGAAGCAGCAGAAAACAGGGAAGCUAAGCAGUACAAAAAUAUGAGUAACGGAAAGUUCACAACUAUCGCUGCUGUGUUGGUUUGGGCACUAAUUUCAUUCCUGAACUUUUGGUUACUUUUCAGCAUGGCACUCGGGAAAGAUGUGUCAUUGUAGAUACCCAGUAUUACUAAUAUAUCCGCAUAUACGUGCAUGUGAAAGAAAUAAACAUGUAUCAGUGUAUAAUUAAAUUAAUAAAAGUAACUUGUCCUAAGCAU